CCGCCGCGGACGCAGGACCGAGCUCCGGGAGGGGCGGGAGCGGCGCGGAGCCACCGGGGCUGGCUCGCCACCGGCACCGCCACCGGCCCGGCCUCCUCCGAGCGCUGCCUGCGCGGCUGAGAUGAGCGGUGGCGAGCAGCGCUGCGGGCUGUGUACGGAGCAGGCGGGCGGCGGAGAGCUGACUUCCCGCUGAGGCAGCCCCGGAGCCGCGCCGGACGGAGGAGCCCCUGUAUUUUGAUUUUUUUUUUUUUUUUUUUUGUCGUUGUUGUUUUUGGUGGGUUUUUAUACGUUUUCCCGGCGGCCGGCCAGGCUCGAUAGGCGGAGGGCGCCAGCGCAGAGCCGCAGGCCGAGCCGGGCCGGGCGGGCUGGGCGGCCGGCGGGGUCGGCGAUGCGGUGCCUUGCUCUGCUUGGCCUCGUCGCCUGGGGCCUGGGGAGCUGGGCCGGACACAGCGGCGGAGCGUCCCCCCCGCCCUGCCCGGCCCCUUGCAGCUGCGACGGCGACCGCGGCGUGGACUGCUCCGGGCGGGGGCUUGCGGCCGUGCCUGCGGGACUCAGCGCCUUCACACACGCACUAGAUAUCAGCAUGAAUAACAUCACAAGACUACCAGAAGAUGCCUUCAAGAACUUUCCUUACUUGGAAGAGCUGCGACUGGCUGGCAAUGACCUUACUUUUAUCCAUCCAAAGGCCUUGUCCGGGUUGAAAGAACUCAAAGUUCUAACCCUCCAGAACAAUCAGCUGAAGACUGUACCUAACGAGGCCAUCAGAGGAUUGAGUGGCUUGCAGUCCUUGCGUUUAGAUGCCAACCACAUCACUGCCAUCCCAGAGGACAGCUUUGAGGGGCUGUUGCAGCUGAGGCACCUCUGGCUGGAUGACAAUAGCUUGACAGAGGUUCCCAUCUCUCCGCUCAGCAAUCUCCCCUCCCUGCAAGCCUUGACUCUGGCUCUCAACAGGAUAACUCACAUUCCUGACUAUGCAUUCACCAACCUUUCCAGCCUGGUUGUUCUACAUCUUCAUAAUAAUAAAAUAAAAACUAUAGGAAAACACUGUUUUGAUGGAUUAGACAACCUUGAAACCUUAGAUUUAAAUUAUAACAACAUGGUAGAGUUCCCUGAAGCCAUAAAAGCACUUCCAAGUCUAAAGGAGUUGGGAUUUCACAGUAACUACAUUUCCAUAAUUCCUGAUGGUGCAUUUGCAGGAAACCCCCUUCUGAGAACGAUACAUUUGUAUGAUAAUCCUUUGUCUUUUGUGGGGAACUCAGCAUUUCAGAAUCUGUCAGAUCUGCAUUCCCUGGUCAUUCGGGGUGCCAGCAUGGUGCAGUGGUUUCCUAAUUUGACAGGAACUGUAAAUCUGGAGAGCUUAACUCUUACAGGAACUAAGAUAAACAGUGUUCCUGUUAAUUUAUGCCAAGAGCAAAAGGUGCUUCGAACUUUGGACUUGUCUUAUAACAAUAUAAAGUACCUCCCAAGUUUUAAGGGGUGCCACACCUUGGAGGAAAUUUCCUUGCAGCAUAAUCAAAUCCAUGAAAUUGCAGAAGACACCUUUCAAGGACUAUCCUCCCUUCGUGUCCUGGACCUCAGUAGAAAUCGGAUCCAUCAGAUCCACAAGGGAGCUUUCAUCACUGUUGGAGCUCUUCUUAACCUAGACCUGAGUUUCAACGAGCUCAGUUCAGUUCCAGCUGAAGGAUUGAGUGGACUGAACCAGCUGAAACUCACAGGCAAUUCUGAGCUGAAAGAAGCUUUGGCAGCCAAGAGCUUCGCCAAGCUGCGGUCACUCUCUGUACCAUAUGCUUAUCAGUGCUGUGCAUUUUGGGGUUGUGAUUCUUAUCUAAACUCCAAUGCUGAAGAUUCCAGACACCAAGAUCAAGGUGCCUUGAUGGAUCGUGAGAAGGUUAAUGCAGAUAUUCUAAGAAACGAGAAAAAUGAGGAAUUUGGACAGACUAUUAUUCACUGUACACCAGCAACAGGUGCUUUUAAGCCUUGUGAAUAUUUAUUGGGCAGCUGGAUGAUUCGCCUUACUGUCUGGUUUAUUUUUUUGGUUGCUUUGUUCUUCAACCUGCUUGUCAUGUUAACAAUUUUUGCAUCCUGUACUACAUUGCCAUCUUCCAAACUGUUUAUAAGCCUGAUUUCUGUCUCUAACUUAUUUAUGGGAGUCUAUACUGGUAUUUUAACUUUCUUGGAUGCUGUAUCUUGGAGAAGAUUUGCUGAAUUUGGCAUAUGGUGGGAGACUGGCAGUGGUUGCAGAAUUGCUGGGUUUCUUGCAGUUUUUUCAUCAGAAAGUGCCAUUUUUUUCCUGAUGUUGGCAGCUGUUGAACGGAGCUUGUCUGCAAAGGAGUUUAUUAAAAAGGGGAAAAGCAACCACCAAAAACAAUUUCAAAUUGGAGCAUUUUUUGCUUUCCUGUGCGCUCUGGUAGCGGGCUGCUUACCACUUUUUUAUAAAGCAGAGUACUCAGCAUCACCCCUUUGCUUGCCCUUCCCCACUGGAGAAACACCUUUGUUAGGUUUCACAGUAACUCUGGUGCUGCUGAAUUCACUAGCAUUUUUGCUGAUGGCUGUUAUCUACACUAAACUCUACUGCAACUUGGAGAAGGAGGAUCUCUCAGAGAACUCCCAGUCCAGCAUGAUUAAGCAUGUGGCUUGGCUAAUCUUCACCAACUGCAUCUUCUUCUGUCCUGUUGCCUUCUUCUCCUUCGCACCGCUGAUCACGGCCAUUUCUAUCAGCCCUGAAAUCAUGAAGUCUGUCACUUUGAUUUUUUUCCCGCUGCCUGCUUGCCUGAACCCAGUCCUCUAUGUGUUCUUCAACCCGAAGUUCAAGGAAGACUGGAAGCAGCUCAGGCGCCACCUGAGCAGGAGGAGCGGGGCUGUGGCCAUCGCUGUGGGUGCCCAGGGGGACGUGGCGCAGGACUUUUACUACGACUGCAGCAUUUACUCCCACCUGCAGGGCGGCAACGUCGCUCUGUGCAAGUGCUGCGAGUCACUCCUGCUGUCCAAGCCUGUGCCCUGCAAACAUUUAAUAAAGUCCCAGAGCUGUCCGGCGCUGGCUGUGGUGCCGUGCCCGAGGCAGGACGGCUCCUGGUCGGACUGUGGCACGCAGUCGGCCCACUCGGACUACGCGGACGAGGAUGACUCCUUUGUGUCGGACAGCUCAGACCAAGUGCAGGCCUGCGGCCGUGCCUGUUUCUACCAAAGCAGGGGCUUCCCCUUGGUGCGCUAUGCCUACAACAUCCCAAGAAUCAAAGACUGAGAAGGCUCUCUGCCCUCAGCUGUUCCAAUAAAGAGGUAUCGUGUUUCACAGACUGUAGCCUGUUUUGACCUUUCAAGCAGGAAGCACUUUUGGAAUUGUUAUUUAGUGUCAUUUGUAAAGAAGGGAAGUGGGCAGUAACUUCUUGAGCCAUACGUUUUUUAGAAAAUUAAAUAAAUCAAUUGCCCUGACUGUAAAUAAUUGGUAAACCAAAAUUGUUACCCAAUAUUUUUACCUUUUCAUGCAAUCGUGGUUUCUUUUAUACAGUUUUUACAUGCUGAUAGUGUGUUUCCACAUCAUAUUGCAGUUGUACUUUGGUGGUGAGGUACGUUCUGGUGAUUCCCCCCCCCCAAAGCACAAUAUAAAGGACAGCUGUUUAAUAUUAUAGAAAUUAUUUUUAAAUGUGGUUUUUCUAUAAUUAAGCAAAAAAAAAUCUAUUGCUAGCUUUGUAUAGUAUAUUCAGCAUUGAAUCUCAGGAUGCAUUUUAUUGCAGGGCCAAAAAAGGGAUUAGUUCUCCCAUGUGUAACUGUGACAGCAAUAUCAGAAUACUGUGUUUGUUUUAUAUUUUAGCUAAUGUUCAAUUAAAAAAAAAAAAGUUUGUUGCAGUAAAGUAUUUGUAAUCCAAUAUUCUGUAGAUUUAUUGGACUAAGAAUAUUAACAGCUGUCAGGAACAGUAGGGUUAAACACAUUUUUCCAGUGGUGGCACAUCACUUCAGGUGAACCACAGCAAGUUUGUUCAGUAUUACGAGUUGAGUGGCAGCACUGGCAGGAGUGAGGGGGUGUGGGGUGACAGCAGAGCUGCCCCUGUACACAGCUCAUGUCUGUGCCACCAGUGCUCUGCAGCCUGCUCAGUGUCACAGCACUCCAGGAACACCUAUGAUAGACCAAGAGUUCAGGAAAUGGAGGGAAAAUGCAACGUAAUUUGGCACUGAAAAAAAAGCAUUUUUCCAAUAUACUUUACUGACAGUGAAGUACACUGUGCAAAGUCACUGAUUUUCACCUAAAUCAGUGCAAUCUUUUUAAAGCAUUAAAGUUCUGAGACCCAAAUGACAAGUACAACCAGCGAUCAAUUUUUUAUAUUUAGUUUGAAAUGAUCAAUAUGAAUUUAAUAAUGCAUGAUUAAGUAAUUAUGUAAGGUUUUUGGAUGAUACACUAGAUCAAGAAUAAAUCCACUGCCAUCCCAGUUACUCUGGAGAAAUUCUUGUUAAGAUCUAAAGCAAGAUUGCUGUUUUGAGAAUUAAACUGUACAUACUGUUCAUACAAUGAAUUUUUAUCUUUGUAUUGUAAGUUAUUCGAUAGAACCCAUGAUGGGAAAUGUGGCUUCAGUUCAUUUUGUUAAUUAAAGCUACCUCCUAAACAAUAGUGGCUGCCAGUAGCAGAAUGUUUAAAAUGUGGUUUAUGUACUUUUUUCAUUGUAAAUAGAUGUGGUUGUAUAUUGUCACUAUAAUAAAAACAGGAUCCUUGUAUAUCAAAAUCAUGUAGUUUGUACAAAGUAUGGGAGGAAUAUUUACUGUAUACUGUUAAUUUUGUAAGCCAAAAUAUUCAAGUGUAAAAAGGGAAGAAAACCCUCCAAGAGUUGUUAAUUCUUAUAUUUACACUCAUAAGUAUUACAUCUUCAAUUAGCAUGGAAUGUUACACUACAGCAAAUAAAGGGUACAUGAAUACCUAUGCUAAUUUAUCUCUGUUUUGCAAAAGUUAAAGCUGAAAACAGUGCACAUGUAGAAUUAUUGAGCAUAAAUUAUGUCUCAUCUGCUCUUGGCUACAUGUAGUGAAAGUUUCAGAAAAGAACUGCCACAAAAACAAGAAAGUUGCCAGUUUACAAGUGGAUCUGAUUUCAGAAUUAAUGCUUUUUAACCUUUUGCUGGCAUGCAAAAGGUUAAAAACCUAAAGGAAAGUGUUAGCCCUCUUAUGAAACCAUCUCUUGAAUAAAGGUCUUGUGUAUUGUGUUUGAGUGGAAAUGUUUUUAGUAUGUUUUGAAUAAUCAUACAGGUUGUAAUUUAAAUAUUUAUACUAUGUAAUGUUGAAACUGUGGGGUUUUUUAAUCCAUCACUAAGAGUCACAGCUUGUCCCAUGUUCCCUCUGUUGGCCAACCAGUCAGAGGUAGUAAGAAUGAUUCUCAAAAAGGACUGUAAAUGUCAGCUGCCAUUUAUAAUCAGUGGGGAAGGAAAUAAGCCUGUUGUGUUUUCAAUUGUUGUGUUCUUACCUAUGGAUUUAUUUCUUCUGUUCGACAAGGGAGCCUUUGCUGCUGUGCUGUGUACAAAGGUGAUGUGAUCUUUUGAAGCUCUGGUAUUUCACUGUAUCUCAGGAUGUUUUUGGAGUUCAGUUAUCCUACAAUUAACUCUUUAAUGCAGUCAGCCCAGUGCCUUGCAGCUGCUGGAGGGGAAGGAAUAUGAGAGCAGCUCCUGGAGACAGCCUGUUCAGAAGCAGUGCUGCAGACCUGCCUCUCUCAGCAUGACCCCAUGUGUGACACCCAUGGGCGAUGGCCACAGGAGAAUCCACACGGAUCCAGAUAACAAAUGCCAACUUUCUUUGUGUCUUUGCUGGGGAAGCUGCUCUCAGGCCAGGGCACAGUGCAGUGUUCAGGUUUUCUCACCCACUGAGAACUUGCUGCUCCAAAAGCAAUGUCAAAUACAUGGGGACAGCUUGCCUUCAAGCUGUUCUGUGUUAGCAGCCUGUGGGAUUUUUGUUACCUGUGUACCAGUGGCUUUCUGAGCUGUCACCUCAGCAGUCUCUUCAGAUAGGUAGAGCUUCCUAAUUUCAGUUUUCAGACUGAAACAAGUGAAAGCACAAGUUACACCCUUCUGGGGUGCCCACAGAAAAGAACUCCUCUGGUUUUCUAGAGUCUAAAGCUAGCUGAAACUGUUCUUAGAGCAGUGUCACAUAUCUUGCCUUUGGACCUCUCCACGGCUGCCAUACUGAGCUCCAGUGCUGGGUUUAGCAGUCAAAAAGGCUUUGCUGUUGACUAAAUGAAAAACAUAGGACAAGGAGACCAUUUUGUUGUUGUUUUUAUUCAUUCUGCUGUUGGGAGGAAGCGCCUUUUUGCAGGGAGAUGGUCACAAAUAAAAUUGCCUAAGGUAUUUCUUAUUUUUCCCCCAAUAAGAGUAAUUUCUUACAGAUGGCUAUUAGUCUGCUCUGUGGCAACAUGCUGGUGAGAGCUCUUUGUUUGAAUUGAGCUUUUUCAUUCUCUUAUAAAAAUAAUGCAUCUGCUUUGCAACUUUUUGAUCUAGAUGCCUUUCGCCUUUUUUAAUUUCUUUCCUGUAGAAUUUCCUGUUUAUUUGUGAAUUUACUCAGAAAUUUCAAACUUACACAAAGCUACUUCAGUAAUUCUUUUCACUUUGAUUACUAUUUUUAAGCCUUCAGUUUCAAUUUACAGGGUAAUAUUUUUAAUUAAAAGCACAAUGCACAGUUUGUUUUAUAUGUGCCCUCAAUUUUUAAUUACAUGAAUGCUUUUGAUCUUUUACUGUUAGCAUAAGUUAGUUUUUUAGCAGGAGUUUUUUUAAUAUUACCUUUCACAUAUUGUACUGUAGAGUCUGAUUUAACACUGGGGUUCAGUUGAAGAUGAUUCAAUGGGUAAGGAAAUGAAAUGUGAAAUGGGAUAAUAGACCACUGUAUAGAUUGCUGUUUUCUGUACUGUUGUAUACUGUAAGAACUUGGAAGGUGAAUGGACAUAUUUCAUACUCGAGUAUAAAGUAACAGUAUAGGUUUUCCAUAAGAAAUACUAGUUAGUGGUCACUGUGGUGUUUGCUAUAGGGAACUAAUUUUGAUUUGAGGGUAACAAAAUAUGAAGUGCCUCACUGGUUUCCAAUAACAAAAGCAUAACCUGUAUUCUGAAAGUUCCACCCCAAAAAUGAGCAAGUAAAUCUGUUAGUUGCUGAUGCUUUUUAAAAGAGAGAAAGACUUUAUGCAGAACUAUUAACUAGCUAAAGAAAUGAAGGCUGUUCAAAAGCGGGACAGCUGUGGUCUCUAGCUAGCAUAAAACAGCUGGAUUGAGUGGGAAUCCUGCGAGUGAUUCACAAAGAUGUGGUUUUAACCUAGAUGUGUUGCAUAGAGCUCUUGCACAUUCCCCCAGACAAGAGGAAUUCCCAUCUGGAGGCCCUGUCCCUUUAAAGCAGAGCCUUCCACAUCUGCAGGCAGCAGAACCUGGGCUGGGACUGGCAGCGUGUACAGUGCACUGCAAGGAAGAGAAUACAUCAUACCAGGAAGGAAAGUGAAGCCAUCCAGGACCUCACAGGUUUCACAGCCUCUAAUGAAGCAGAACUACAUAUCCAGGCACAAAAAUAGCCAGCAGACAAGUACAGGCAGUGUUCCUUGAGCUCUGACAUGGAGGGUGAACCAAGUGGCUUUCUCCCUUGCUACUGUGCCUGCUACAGUAUUUUUCCUUAUGCUGGAAAAUCUGAAGACUUAAGAAGACUUGAAUUCAACUAUAUUUGGUUCAAAUUUUCUGCUCUUUUCAAGGUUGCAUGUAAAAUAGUCUUUUCUUCAAGCUUAAAGCUUGAUGUCUAAGCCUCUGUUUCUCCCUACAUUUAGUAAUUUUUUUUUUCCCUUUUGAUUAUUUUUAUGCUUCUGUGUUCCUUAGUGUCUAGUGGGGAAUUAGACAUGACAUCUACAAGCAAUCUGAUUUCAUUCAUUUCAUUAAACUUGGCUAGUGUUCAUCAAGUUGAACUGAGAAGUUUCCUUCUGCUGGCUCUUGUGUUUUCAGAGAUUGAGUUCAUCAGAUUACAGUCCAAUUUCUAAAACUGACCGAUUUCCUAAACAAGAGUUGGCAAAUCAAGGUGUGCUUAGUGAUUCAGAGUAGUUGAUUUGUGUCUAGAAUAUAAAUCUUUUCUAUGUCUGUUACAUAAGGAAUUGCUUUCUUGAUAUUUUAUGUGUAAAAUGUUUUUUUUAAAUGGUGUGGGUGGCUAUUGGGGAAUACUUCUGAGAAAUUUGUCACGAGCAUUCUGUUGUUCAGACACAAUGAUUGGCAUGAGCAUGCAGACAGAAGGUAUAGGUCUGUGAACACACGCUAGUUUUACUCUGAAUUUUCUCACUGUUGCUAGACAGCUCUAAGUGCUUAUUCUAUAGCCUGUGACAGUGAGCUAGCACUGAAAGACUGAAUGUAGUUUUUGUAGUUUCUUUAGUAAGAAAUUAGGAUGAUUUUGCACACUGUUAUCAACCAUAGGGGUGUGUGUAUAUUUAUUCACUUCAUUCAGUUUAUGGCAACUUCUUGUGCUUCAUUGUGGCAGUUUGAUUUUGCCUAUGGGUUUUAGCAGUGUUGGUAUGUAAUUCUUUCCAGGGCAGCUACUUCUGGCAUUCAGUUCACAGAAUUAGGGAUUUGCCAUCCUUGCAGCGUGCCAUUUAUCCUGUCAGUCCUUCUGUGGCCAUAAAAGUUGUGUACUGAACCUGCAGGAUUGUUGUUUCAGGAUUGUUGUUUCAAUACUUUUUAACCAAAUUACAUUAUUUGGGCUCAUACCUUUCCUGUGUUAACUAGGGUACAGUGACUGUGGAGCUGGCUUGACAAGCUGGGCACAAUGCUUGCUAGAAAACAGUUCUGUAUGAUGCUCAGCGAUGCAAUAACAUGUGUAGGAACCAUAAUGUUAUUUCUCCAGCCUGUCAAAAGUGCACUUCCUUGUGAAAUGGAGGGCUGAACGCUCAGAAACAGCAGGGAGGAGAAAAGUGUCACCUUUGAAAGAUAACCUUUCACCAUGGGAAGAGUGGUUCAUUGGCAAAGAGAAGGAGCUGCGUGCCCGCCUACAGGCUAGAGCUGCAGAGGAAAUGAAUAAACAGCUUGAGGAAAUGAAGCAAAAUCAAGAAUGGGAAAGAAGAAAAAGGAUAGCUGAAGAGAAGCACAAGGAGUGGGUCCUAAAAAAGAGAGAAGAGGGUACAAAGGGAUUUGUUUCCUGAGUAGUCAUAUAACUGACAGUUGGUGUACAUCUUGUGCAGUAGCCUUUUGCUGAUGGUAGCUGGGGUUUUUGGUCUUCAAUGCACCCAGAUUUCCCAAGUUCAGUGCCCAUACAUUUUUGGAAAUCAGGUCAGUGUGCUGCAGAGUAACAUAAGCUGAGGUUUUUAUUCUCUGUGCUGCUCUAUUGGAUUGCUGGUGGUUUUGGUGUGGGGGCACAAGCAGUGGCCCAGCAAGUUUAGACCAUCCUGUUCAGACCAGACUGAGGGAGUUGUGCUGGUCCCCGCUGCAGUAUUAUGGCUUCUGCUUCAUUAUGCAUAAUUGGAGUUUCCGAAAGAAGAGAAAGGAAACGAAAGCUGAGCAAAGAAAUGGCAGAAAAAGCCACAAGGGAACUGGAAAAAAUGCAGUUAAAAGAAAAGGCUGACAUAAAGUAUAAAGAAUGGUUAGAGAAGAAGAGAGCUGAAGAGGCAGAAAAAAAGAAAAAAGAGAAGG